GACGCGCCGAGGGCGGGUGUUCCCGGCCUCGCUGCCAUCGGCGGAAGUGUCGCUACCCCAGUUCCGGCGAACGGGUCGCGCCGCCGGGACGGCACCGGGCAUGGCGCUGUGGCUGCCGCGCUCCCGGGACGGCGGAGCCCCGGAGGAGGAGGACGAGGAGCUGACACAGGCUGCCGCCUUCCGCCAGCGCUUGCCGGAGGUGCAGACAUACAGCCAAGGGAUUGAAUUAGCCUGCCAAAAAGAAAGAGAGUUUGUGAAGCACUCUGUAGAAUGCACCUGGAACCUAGCAGAAGCCCAGCAAAAAUUUGGUAAUUUAGCACUGCAUAAUUCAGAAUCCUCUGAUCAGGAAUCUGCUCAAGCAAGGACUGAAGCUGCCGAGUUGAGAAGGAGGGAGGAAGAGUGGAGAAGAAAAGAAGAAGCGCUAAACCAGAGGGAACGACAGAAUCUAUGGAACACAGAUCCUGUUAGUAAAGAAGUUUUUAAUAAGAGUUUUAUUAAUCAAAAAAGAAAAGAAAUUGAAGAUGAGUCUGUGUCUGAACCACUUAUGCAAAAACAUGAACAAAAGAUUAGACACUUCGGCAUGCUGAGCAGAUGGGAUGAUAGUCAAAGGUUUUUGUCUGAUCACCCAUACCUUGUAUGUGAAGAAACAUCUAGAUAUCUCAUGUUGUGGUGUUUUCAUCUAGAAGCUGAACAGAAAAGAGCUCUGAUGGAGCAAGUAGCACACCAAGCAGUUGUAAUGCAGUUUAUUAUAGAAAUUGCCAGAAGCUGCAAUGUGGAUCCAAGAGGAUGUUUUCGUCUCUUUUUCCAAAAAGCCAAAACAGGAGAAGGCUACUUUGAGGCCUUUAAAAGUGAACUUGAGGCAUUCAAGGCGAGAGUGAGAAUCUGGUCACAAUCACAUGGCUUUCAAACCAUGUUACUCCAUGAUCUCAAUGUCAGUCCUGGCUGUGUGGGAGAAUGGACAUCUUUUUUCCAGAACACAGGAGAUCUACAAGGUUCCAUAAACACAGAUGACUGCGGUUUCAACUCUGUGAUACAAAGAGAUGAAGAAGAAUCCAAAAUGAUGGACACAUUUUAGUACUUUUUAAGACUGAGGCCAAGUACUCUUUUAUUUCCCUUUUUUUUUUCCCCAAAGAAACAAACAUGGCUAUUUUCUUGACACUUAUUUUUCUGGGUACUGCACUUUAUUUUUCGUGUCAGAUUUUUGUUGUUUUGAUUUGAUUUGGGGGGGUGGGGAGGGACUUUGAAGGGUGGGUAAUUAAGAAAAAACUUGUAAUAUUGUUUGAAAUGUGCUGCUAGGUUUUUAGUUGUCCUUGAAGAGCAGGGUUCUUAUAUUGCCGAAUGUGAAACUGGAUGUGUUUUCUGCUACUAACCUUGCCUUUCAUGAUUUUAGAAAUUAAACAUCUGCACAAAUACAAUGUUUACAAGAAGCAGCAGAUUCUUGGUAGAAUCUGCUAUUGUCUUACUACAGAUGUGGAUAUGUUUUACUCUGAAUAUUGGAGAUUGCAACUGUAUUCAUGCUACCUUGCUGACAGUAGAAGCUCUCAAAUUUGGUUAUCACUAAUAGCAAUAAAUUAGUAUCUGGUAUCAGUA